GUACGACUCCACCACAGACCCGGCAAACGUACUUUCCGAGAUUGUGGAGGCAGGCCUUUCCAACGAGGACGUCUUGGGACGUGCAGUAGUGAUCCACGAUGUGACCGGUGCGCGCAUCGCAUGUGGCAUCAUUGAGCCCUCCACCACCACGGUCUUCGAGGAAUUCCCUGGCUACAACGGGGAUUUGCCUGUGACAUCUGGUGGGGUGCAGGUGUUGUCCGACGAUGGCGACGGCACCCAGACGCUCAGCUGGAUCUUCACUCAGGGCGUAGACCCGCGGUGCACCUCAGCCGGUCCGGCGGCCAACAGCUGCAGUGUCCAAAUCUUUGAUGGCACGAGCCCCGACGCACCCGGCAACCCUUACUGGAACCAGGGCGACAUCCCCCAGAACCCUUGGCCGCAGGUGCGUUAUGUGAUUCAAGGUUCCCUCCCAACGGCAGUGAAUGACAUCGAGGUGACGACCGGCCUUACCUCCGCGGACCUCGAUGGUCGUGUUGUGGUGGUCUACGACUAUGACGGCGUCCCGGUUGGCAUCGCCAUCAUCGAGCUGCCAGAGGACGUUCCUGAGCCGGCGGAGGGU